AUGGCCGUCUACCAUCUCCAGACCACGACCUGCCUCCCAGUUCUUUGGGGGGCACUGAGGUCUUUUGGAGCAUUCUGGAGCAUAUGGGACAUGAGGAGCAUGGAGGGACUUGGCACAUGGAGCAGCUCAACUGGAUACGCAAAGGAAGAAGGGAGAAGCCAUCUUGAAGACCAGCUCGACCGUCUACUCGACCAACCGGUCGAGUUCCUCAACUCGACCGGCCAAGCUUCAACUCGAUCGAGCUGA